AAUUGUGAUGGCUGAACUCUCGUGAUGUGCUCGGGAAGGGACAGUAGUUCUGUUCGUGGAAUAAUAUAUGCGAAAAGUAAAACAUUUAAAUCUGGGUAGUUCUUUACUGCUCUAAGGAAAGUAUUCGAUGGUAAUUAUGUGAUUUUUAAAGCGCGCGUUGAUUAUUCCGUGAUUACUCAUAUUCUGCAAUUGAAGGAUUAUUUUUGUAAAUGAAGUAUUGCAUUCAAUACGUCAUACCAUGCUUCAUCUAAUUAAGAAUUGUUCCUGUAACUUAAUUUCAUAAGUACUUUUCUUAAUAAAUCAGCACGUUACAUUAAAUUGAUGAAUUGUAAACACUUGUGAUAUUAUUAAAAACAAAAUUAUGUUGAAAAUAAUAGAUUAUAUGAAAGAUCCUCAUCUAGUUGCGAGAGUUCAAAAGUAUUAUGGUGUUGACUUAGUUAGUCCGUUAAAUUCAAGUACUUCGUUAACGUUAAGUAAUGGAAAUAUUAGAAGUCCGGUGUGUGAAGUUGAAGGAGGUGUCAAACUAAGAUCAGAAAAGAAGCUGGUAGUAGAAACCAGUGUCCGUAAUUCUAGUAAUGAAUCAAAUAAGUGCAUCGAUAACGAAAUCCAAUGUAAUGGUUGGGUGUCAAGUGAACCAGAAGGAGAUGAUGCAUUCUCAUCUGAUUCGGAGUCAGAAUCCAAAGGGUACAUCAUCACCAAUUGGAUGUGGUACUACCUGUUUGUCCUGGGUACCGCACUGGGCGAUGAAAUUUUCUAUGCUUCAUUUAUUCCAUUCUGGUUCUGGAACAUUGAUGGUGCCGUUGGAAGAAGAGUUGUCUUAGUAUGGACUGUGAUAAUGUACAUAGGUCAAGGUAUCAAAGACGUAGUGCGGUGGCCUCGUCCCUCUUGCCCUCCUGUUAUCCGUUUGCAGAAGAAGUGGGCAUUGGAGUAUGGAAUGCCAUCCACACAUGCAAUGGUUGGUGUUUCAAUACCCCUCUCCGUAAUCCUGUACACAAUGAACAGGUACCAGUAUUCUGUGAGUCUUGGAGUCCUGUUUGCAAUUGGAUGGUGCUCUGUCAUUUGCCUCAGCCGGCUGUAUCUUGGGAUGCAUUCUGUCCUGGAUAUUGUGGUAGGUGUGAUGCUUGCAUUGGCUCUGAUGGUACCAGUUGUGCCAUUAGUUGAUGCAAUGGAUCAUUAUCUCCUGACUAGUAGCUGGUCUCCAGCCAUUCUUCUUACUGCUGGCAUCUGUCUGGUGGUAUUCUACCCAAGCAGCGAUCGUUGGACUCCAACUCGUGGUGACACAACAAUGGUGGUGAGUGUGUGUGUUGGUGUUCACAUUGGUGCUUGGACAAACUACCAGCUGGGUGUGCUGAGCGAAUCUCCUGACAGUCCACCAUAUGCCAUCAUCUGGCCAUCAUAUGAGAUGUUGGGCCUAAGUGCUCUGAGAACAGUGAUUGGAUUCUGCUGCAUAGUUGCAACACGUGCACUCUGCAAGUCAGCUUCAUAUGCAACAGUGUGCGCGUUAUUGCGUCUCAACUCUCGAGAACUGCAGCGAUCACAAAACAGCAUCCAGAACCGACAGAAGAUUAUAGUGGAACUGAGCUACAAGUUCAUCACAUAUGCUUUGCUUGGCUUCAAUACACUCUAUCUUUUGCCCAGUGUGUUCAGGCUCAUGGGCAUAGAGCGACCUACAUUCUACACAGAAAUAUAGUGUGUGUAUUAUGUUGCUUUGAUACACUUUUCUUGUCACAGAGUUUUGUUUUAACCCUUCUGGUUGGAUGCCUUGCUGCAACUGGAAGUGCAUAUGUAGUGACAUCUGUAGGAUGGUAGUUAUGCUCAUAAUUGGCACACAGCUCUUACAGAUUAGAUAAUUUAUAAGAAUAAUUGCAUAACUUGCUGGUAGUUAACACAAAUCAUUCCUUGUCUGACCUGUGUUGCUUCUGGUGAUACAGGUGACAAACUGCUGUAGCAAUGGUGGAAAUGUUUUGUUCCUGAACAGUUUACAUGUGGACUUAUUGAUGAAUGUUAAUAUUCAGUCAAAAUUAAAUUAACUGUGAAAGUGUUAAGUACUAGAAGGAGUAAAUGUUUAUAUUAUAAAAAGAAUGAAAUAAAUAUUAGCCAUUUGUUAGUUUCUCAAAAUUCUGAAACCUUGGUAAACGUUUACCAGACUACACAGUGCAGGAACUUAGAAGGCAGCCAUCUGAAUAAAAUCGCAUUAAUUAUUAGUGAGAAUAAGAACACAUUUUUUUACAAUUUUGUCAGUACAAUUAAUUUAGCUUUUCCUUUUACAUUCGACAGUGUUUACAUCAAAUUUUAUUUGUAUCAUUAAUCAUUUGUAAUGUGGCAAAUAAUGCACCUCUAAAUAUUGAUUGCUGUUUUUUAUUUAAAUGCACAUUUGUUUGGCCAUGGUGUUUCCUCAGGCUUAUAACACUUUAGUGAUAAUGCAUCAGAGCAAUAAAGAGCUAAUAAGAAUGCUAAAUCUCUUUGCUCAGAAAUAAAGGAACUUGGGUAAUUUCAGUUUUAUUACAGAACUCAUCAGUAUAUGAUGACGUAUGUAGAAGGUGGCUCACUGUAGCCAUACAAGCAAAUCAACUGUAAUUCCUGAUUUUUGUGUUCUCAAGUUUACUUCUUAUCUCUUCAGUUUUCUUUCCAUGUUGUGAAUAGACUGAAUAUACAAAUAGUUUCAAUGACACCAAUGAUUGGAAGGUUCUAAUAUACUUUCAAACUUCAACAUCAAAGUGCUUAAUUUUUGCAGUGAAGAGAUGUGUAAAUUAACUUUAUCUUCCGGACUCAGAGUAAUUAAGGUGCUAUGUUCACCAUUAUCACAACAGUUCAUCACCCAACUCCCAUAACAUUCUGUGUGUUGAACAGAGACUCAGUCUGCCAUUGUCUGAAACUCUUAGGUCUUAAUCUUUUCUUGCUUAUUUUAGAAUCAUGUAAACAUCACAAACUAUUAAAACAGAGCUAGACUAUGUUGAGCUUGAAAUAAUACAUUUAAGACUAGUUGUGUGUGAAUGAAAGGAUCAUAGCUUGUACAGCCCAAGUUAUAUAAUUUUGUAUGUAUAACAUAUUAUAUAGUACAACUUAUUGAUCAUAUUCUUCCUUAAUGUGCUUCCUAAGAUUUGUAAGUUUUUGCUGUGCUUCCCAAACUUCACAUUUUUGUGCUUGUACGGAUUAUAUCAUUGUCUAAUGGCAGUUCUGUAAUCCUUCUACCGACACUGGUAAUUUUUCUCAUAGAAAUUAUCAAACUAGAUUGUGGACAGAAACCCUGUUAAUUCUCUGUGUUUGUCCCGGUUAAGUAGAAUGAUCUGUAUUGAUUAAUUUUCAUGACAGUUGUUAUGAAAAUUGUGCCAGUUAUGAUCUCAAAAUUAUUGUACUUAAUAAUUUCCUGUCUUCAGUAAUAUCAUUAUGACUUAUGUGAAUUCAGGGAUGGAAACAUCCCCUGUAGGGUCCUAAAGUUUUGUAUGGUGAUAGAUUUAUUAAAAGUAUAGCUAUUUGAA